CCAGCUAGCGGCUGCCGAGGUCACCUGGCCGUCCAGCCUGCGCCGGCCCCCCACGGCCCGGGAGUCGGAGGCGACCCACUCUGGUGCGCGGCGGGGCCCCGGGGGCAGAAARCGAGCCUCCGCCUGGAGCCAGCUGGGGAGGCGUCCCGCGGGAAAAUGAGCGGCAGCAGCGCCAGGUCCAGCCACCUGUCCCAGCCGGUGGUGAAGAGCGUGUUGGUGUAUCGCAACGGGGACCCGUUCUUCGCGGGGCGCCGCGUGGUCAUCCAUGAGAAGAAGGUGUCCAGCUUCGACGUCUUCCUGAAGGAGGUGACCGGCGGCGUUCAGGCGCCCUUCGGGGCGGUCAGGAACAUCUACACCCCGCGGACCGGCCACCGCAUCCGGAAGCUGGACCAGAUCGAGAGCGGGGGCAACUACGUGGCGGGGGGCCAGGAGGCCUUCAAGAAACUCAAUUACUUGGACAUAGGAGAAAUCAAGAAAAGACCAAUGGAAGUUGUUAAUACAGAGGUCAAACCAGUGACCCACAGCAAGAUCAACGUGUCCGCCCGCUUUAGGAAACCCCUGCAGGAGCCCUGCACCAUUUUCUUGAUUGCCAAUGGGGACCUCAUAAGCCCAGCCUCUCGCCUCCUCAUCCCCAGGAAAGCCCUGAGUCAGUGGGACCACGUGCUGCAAAUGGCCACAGAAAAAAUACCUCUCCGGAGCGGGGCUGUCCACAGACUCUAUACCCUAGAAGGGAAGCUGGUGGAGAGCGGGGCAGAGCUGGAGAGCGGGCAGUUCUACGUGGCUGUGGGCAGAGAUAGGUUUAAGAGGCUGCCGUACAGUGAGUUGCUCUUUGACAAGUCGGGGAUGCGAAGGCCUUAUGGUCAGAAAGCCUCUUCACUACCUCCUAUCGUAGGAUCCAGAAAGUCUAAAGGGAGUGGAAAUGAUCGCCAAUCUAAGUCAACAGUUGGGUCCAGUGACAACUCGUCUCCUCAGCCUCUGAAGAGGAAAGGGAAAAAAGAAGUCGCAAAUUCAGAGAAAUCAAGGAAGUCGAAACAAAAUGUCAAGUUGAAGAAUACACAAGAAACGMUGCCCGACAGUGAUGAAGGCAUUUUCAAAGCUGGAGAAGAGAGGUCUGAAAUGCGGGGGGCAGCAGAAGUCCAAGAAGAUGAAGACACUCGGGUGGAGAUCCCAGUGGAUCAGAGGCCAGCAGAGAUGGUCGAUGAGGAAGAAGAGGAGGAGAAAACCAACAAAGAUGCAGAACAGAAAGAAGACUUUUCAGAAAUGAAUGGCCAAGUGGAAGAUGAGGCCUGUGGGGGCGCUGCCGAUGUCCCUGAGCAAGUGGAGGAGAUCCCAGAUCCCAGGRAGGAGAACCCCGGUCCUGCUCGGGUCAACGGAGGCACGGACGAAGAAAAUGGCGAGGAGCUGGACCAGGUUAUUGAGGAGCUCCAGACAGCAGCAGAGGAGGAAAGACAGUCUCCAGCGGGGGCGGGCAGUGGACAAGACGAGGCUGAUGUGGACCCUCAGAGGCCACCGAGGCCCGAAGUGAAGAUCACGAGUCCUCAGGAAAACGGGAGCAAUGAGCAGAGCAAGGACUACGCUGUGGAGGCAUAGAUGGUGACCAAGAGUGAGGACUCGGAGUGCGAGAACGGAGCCAUGACCCUGAGCAGUGAGCGCAUCGUUCUUGCUAAACCUGGUGAGGCAAGAUGGUCGGACCCUCCCUGUGGAAUUUCACGAUCAGAGGCCUCUGUGGAAGGCCGGAUGACUCUCAGUAGCUACUAAAAGAGAACGACGUGCUUUCCAGCAUGUGUUUUUAUGUCACUUAGAAGAUUUGAAUAAGAGGGACAGAGAAGAGUCUGCGGUGGASAGUCGGCCACUUAUGUUUGUAAGGAUAGAAGGAUGGAAUCACUCCCAUUGCAUUUGUUAUUGUAAAUUUAGGAAUGACAGUAG